GAGGGUCAGCUGCAGAGCAUGAUUCUCUCAGAGUAUGCCUCCACUGAGAUGAGUCUCCACGCGCUCUACAUGCACGAGCUGCACAAGCAGCACGCCCAGCUGGAGCCCGAGCGGCACACUUGGCACCGGCGGGAGAGCGACGAGAGCGGGGAGAGCACCCACGAGGAGCUGGAUGCUCAGCGGGGUGCCCCUGUCCCCAUCCCUCGCUCUGCCAGCUACCCCUUCUCCUCGCCGCGGCAGCCUGCCGAGGAGACGUCCACGCUGCAGACUGGCUUCCAGCGGCGCUACGGUGGCAUCACAGACCCAGGCACAGUGCACAGAGCCCCGUCACACUUCUCCCGCCUCCCGCUAGGAGGCUGGGCUGAGGACGGGCAGGCAGCGAGGCACCCAGAGCCCGUGCCAGAGGAGAGCUCGGAGGAUGAGCUUCCACCGCAGAUCCACAAGGUAUAGCCUUGUAGACUGGGGAUCUCGUGGGGGAUGCAGACUGGGGGCCGCCUGGGCAGCAGGAUGCGGCGUCAGCCUGGUUCUUCUCCUGUCCCGAGGGGACGGGGUGGUCGUGGGCUCCAUUCUGUUGCCAUCAAUUGCCGAAGAGACAAAACUGCCGGGCCAGCGGCUUUGCGGUGGCGCCUUGUGUCCAGCCGUGUGUCAAGCCAACGCCACUCUGACUCUUGUGGGGUGAAUGCGUGUGUGAGUACAUACCUGUGUCUGUGUUCACAUCUGUGUCGUCUGUGCCGGAGGAUCGCUGCAGAGCCUGUGACAGCAGACGGGACGGGACUAGCAGUGACGGGCGUGGAGGUGGCGGCAGCGGCUGCUGUUGGCAGAGACGGGAGAAGGCACCAGCUCCAGCCGUCCACGGGGAGCUGGGAGCUGCCUCCGAAACGAAGGCAGGGAGCUGGUGUCCCCUGGGGAUGGCUGACUGCAGCAGGAGCUGUCGAAGGGGUCUAGCGCAGCCUGCAGCGGUGCUGGCACCACACCUGCCCUGCCUGCAGCCCGGGGAGGUGCCCGGCGCCGCGUUCCCCCCUCCCAGAGAGGACCAAUGUCGCACCCCUGCGGCUGGAGCAGGACAGCAGCGGGGCAGUCACCCGCCCGUCUCUGUGCACAGACUUGUGCUGCCCCAGCACCCUGCGGCAGGAUGCCCCCAGCUGCCGCUGUGCGUGUCGGGCUGGGGUCUAGAGCUGGUGGGAACAGCUCCGGGGUGCGGGGAUGCUGCAGCUCCUCCCCGGCUCCCGUGACAGCUGCCCUGGCGCAGGCACACAAGGAGGGGACCUUGGGGUGGCAGUCCUGGCUCUCUGCUGUCCUUCCCUGCCCUGUCCUGGGGCUAGGGUGGCACCUUCUGCCCUGCACAGCGCCCAUGGGAUGUGGGCUGCUCACAGGCCCUGUCGCAGUGCCAAAGAGCCCCUGGCGUGGUGCAGCCCGGUGUUACCCGGGAGUGCACGCAGCCUGCUCGGAGCCCACGGUGGAGGUCUUGUGCUCUGUGUAUCGAUCCCUUUCCCCCCUACGCCCGCUCUGCGAUGGGUCUGUUUUCCUGAUGCGGCCAUUUCUGUGGUAUCCGGCCUUCCCUCCUGCCCAAACAAAGGCUUCAGUGUGUCUCGCAUCUCCCCCAGGGGCUCCUGGCUCCUUCCUUCCUUCCCGAGGCAAUCCUUUUGCUUGCAACGUGGCUUCGGAUGCUUUGGAGACCACAUGCAAAGCAGCCGGCUAGUGCCUCGGGUGGAAAGAAGGGGUGCCCUGGACCUAGAAGGGAGAGGCAAACCCUAGCCUAGCCCUGGGGGGGGGGUGGAGGAGGGAAUCAGGAUCCUGGCUGUGCAGCGUGACCUUGGCCAAGGCCUUCCCGAGAUCAUUCUGGUUUCCCUUGCCUCUCUUCCAGUGGCAGCUUGUGAGGAUCUGCAUCUCGGCUCCCCCCUGCCAGGCUUUGCUUCCACCCACCCUCGCUCCCCUCGCCUCCGGCAGGGCUGCCUCGCUUUUGCCAUGCCCGGCACCAGCGCUGCGGGCCCUCCUCUCCCAUCCCUGGGGCGCACAGGGUGACCUUUCUUCCCCUGCCAGGUUAUUGCCCCGUGCCCUUUGAGCCCGGGCCAGGCGCAGGGUGCUGAGCCAGCUGCUGCUCGCGCUGCUGAGGACAGGGCGGAGGCGGCGAGCGGGGCUCCUUGAACCCUGGGCUUCCCUGCACCCCUGGGACUUGUGAGUGAUGGUGAUCCCCGCCAAGCUAGGGAGCAACGAGGGGUGGUUCUCGCCAACCCAAGCUUUCCAGCUGCUGCCCGUGCCGCCUGGGCUCCCUCUGGGCACGGAGGUGACGUUCCCUGCCCCGGGGGUGGCCCUUUGAGCCCGCGGCAGCUGGUGGCUGGGCCGGCAGGGAUUUCACAGGCUGAGCUUCUGGAGGAAGGCUGAGCGCGGAUGUCCUUGGAGGCAAGCCCAGCCCUGAGGGCUGUGGGACGCCGCGUCUGGGUUUCCUGCCAUGGUUGCUGCUGGUUUCUAGGCUGGGCAGGUGGAGGCUGGCUGCGUCUUUGGGGCAGAGGGGGAAAGUCCGUGCCUUUCCCUGGGCCAGCGGGAGGGAGAGGCCGGCCAGGAGUCCUCGCCGCAUGUUGUGCUUGUGUCGUCAGUGUCCCGUGUGCAUGGCGAGCCACUCUUCCUCAGCCCCGUGGGCACGGGGAUGCCCGGGGAGCGCGGCGUCGCGGCCCCGCGCCCUCGCUGUACAGCUGUCUAGCCAUCGAAUAAAGACGGGGUGUAUCAGCC